AUGACCCAGGUUUCGGACUACAUGAACUCCCACAACAUUUCCUCCGACGCGCUUUUCCAACCCGAAAGUGCGGCAAACAUCCUCUUCACUUACAAAUGGGUCAUUGGAACCAUGGUAUUCGCUCUCAUUGCGAGCUUCCGCAUGUUCCACUACUUUUUCGUUCACGAUCAGCCACCUCGGGGCUCGGGCCUGAAGCUCUUGCCCGGUCCACGAAGCACGAUCCCCUACCUCGGACGCGUCCACGAUGUUGAUCCCAACUGCCCUUGGUUCGCCAUGAAGAAGUUCUCGGAUGAGUACAACGGUGUUUUUGCCUCCACAAUUUGCGGUGAGAUGCACGUUUGGGUCGGUGAUGCUCAAAUUGCGUACGACCUGCUCUGCAAAAAGGCCAGGAUCUAUUCCUCGCGCCCCAUGGUGCCUGCUGUUCCUGGCAGUGACUCUCAGGGCCAAUACCUGCCUCUUCUGGCUCACGAUGACCACUGGCGUAACCAGCGCAAGUUCGCCCAUACCGUCCUGACCGCGGGCUUCAACGCCAAGUACUACGGCUAUGUCUCCCAUGAGGCCAAGCGCUUCAUGUACAAGCUCCUCGUUGAUCCUAAGGACCAUUUCGCCCUAACCGACCGUUUCUGUGGCCGUAUCUCCGCCCGUCUCGGCUACGGCCGCCCCGAGUCCUCUGCCGCCCACUGCAAGAACGCGGGUGAAUUCAUUCCCCAGAUCUCUCCGUCCGGCUCUGUCACCAACCUCAUGCCCUUCCUGGGUAGCCUCCCCGAGUGGAUCAAUCCCUCGAUCCGCAAGGUGCGCGAGCGCCGCGAGAAGGAGGAGAAGCUCUGGAAGGGUCUCAUGAAGCAGGUUCGCCAGGAAAUGGACGAGGGUACUGCUCCCGUCUCGUAUGCGAAGACCUACUUUGAGCGCAAGGAAGCCGAAACUGGCAAGAAGUCUUUUGGCUUUGAUGACCAUGAGGCUGCUUAUGCUGUUGGUAUGCUUGUGACUGUGGCCAUCUUCACCAUUGGCGGCCCACUGUACUGCUUCUUCCUCUCGAUGGUCCUGCACGAAGACUGGCAAGAGAAGGUCCGCAAGGAAUACGAUGAGGUUAUCGGCGAUCGUGUUGUUGAGGUUGCGGAUGCCCCCAAUCUACCCAUUCUACGCGCCUGCAUCAAGGAGUGCGUGCGCUGGCGUCCCCCGGUCCCUCUCGGUGUCCCCCGUCUUCUCGAGGAGGAUGACGAGUGGAACGGCUACUACCUUCCCAAGGGCGCGGUCAUUCACGCCAUUGAUUUGGCCCUUGCCCGCGAUCCGAAGCUGUACCCUGAUGCUGAAAGCUACCGCCCCGAGCGCUGGUUGGAGCCCGAGUUCCCUACGUACAAGGAGCCCCUGACCGAGCACCCCCGUCUGAUGGGCCAUCACGGUUUCGGUAUGGGCCGCCGUAUGUGCCCCGGUAUCGAGGUCACAGAGGCUGAGCUAUUGGUUGCCUGCGGUUCUAUCAUUGGCUGCUUCUACUUACGUCCUGAGAAGGAUAAGAACGGCCAGCCCCAGCCUCCCCCCAGCUACGACUUCACUCCCAACCUGAUCGGCGGUCCCCUGCCCUUCAAGAUGGAUGUGGUCGUCCGUGACGAGCAGAAGGCUCAACGGAUAAAGCACUGGUUCGAGGAGUCGGUUGCCGAUGAGAAGGCAGGUAAGAUUGCUGCUGGUCUGUAA